AUGCUUCGCUUUCAGUUCUUUUUGUUCCUUCUUUUGCCAUGGAUGGCUUCGGCUGGUCCGAUCUCUCGCUGGCUGUCUCAGCCAUUGGAGUUACCUGAACCGACUUCUCUCCCCUUAUUGCCUGAUAUCGAACGGCGUGAAGCUGGCGGUAUCACUGAAAUCACGCCUGUGGCGGCACCUACGCAGUUACCGUUUACGGCCGAGGAGCCAAUAUCAACUAUAUCCCGCGUGUCAACCACAACUCGUGAGACAACUACUAGUCAGAAGCCAACUACAACCCCGAAGCCGGCUACAACUCCAAAGCCAACUACAACCCCAAAGCCGGCUACAACUCCAAAGCCAACUACAACCCCAAAGCCGGCUACAACUCCAAAGCCAACUGUAACUCCAAAGCCAGUUACAACUCCAAAGCCAGCUGCAACUCCAAAGCCAACUACAACUCAGGAGCAGACUACAACCAAAAGGGCGACCACCACCUCUCAUGCGUCCAUUAUGACUCGGCUAUCCAUAUCCUCAUCCACAACCCCGGGAAUGCUGCGUUCAUCACCCAUAGCUAGUUUGUUACCAGUCUAUAUUCCAAGCUCAACGUCUUCUCCCGAUUCUUUGGUGAUACCGAGUUCACCCCAAUCUUCAUCGGCUACGCUCCUAGAUGGAGCAACUAGCAUCAAAGCUAUCUCAGCCACACCAGCGGCCUCGACCUCUACGACGAUGCAGCCAGUGACAACACCGGUGCCUACAGUGCCCACAAGUAGCAGUCCAGCUGUUGGAGCUAUUGCACCCCUAGGAAAAGCAAGUAGCAGCAGUUCUUCCACGUCCGUACCGGUGAUUUCAACCUCCAAUCCAAUCCAGCCAGCAAAGGCUACGCAGGCACAAUCUACAUCACUACAGCAGGUUCCCACGUCAGGGUCCAAGCCAGUUGUGAGCGUAACCGAGCCUGUGAUCGUAUAUGUGACCAAAGGAGCACCAAAGCCCUUCUCAACAAGCGUCAUCCACCACGCACCCAGUGUCACCGACUCAUCGAUGUCAUCAGCAAAUCCAACGGUAAAACCGUCUAUUGAGCCAACAACUACAUCUUUGAUGUUUGUGACCAUCCAUUCCACUGCAACGUCGGUCGUUCGUGUGACUUUUUACCCAUCAUCAUCGUUAUCAUCAUCCGCUUCUUCGUAUUCGGUCUUGUCGUCUUCAACUCGGAGGCGCCCGAGUGUGAAUGUGGCGCCUAUAGAGACCAGUCAUGCCAAUGCAACGCCAAUUGUCCCUACGACCAUCGACUCGGCAACACCAUCGCUUCCUUCUUUGUCUUUGUUGUCGUCCUCCGGUGAGAUUGCUCCUGUGGUGACAGCUCAUAUCACUUCCACGAGUGUUGUUCCUCUGACUGUUUACCCGGCUACAUCGUCACCUAUGCCUUCGCUGUUGCCAUCCCCAAGUGAGGCUGCUUCUACAGUGACAGUCCGUGUCACUUCCACAAGUGUCGUUCCAGUGACCGUUUACUCGACAACAUCGCCAUCUGCUCCAUUGUUGCCGUCCCUAAGUGAGACUGCUCCUGGUCUGACAGUCACUUCCACAAAAACACUUCGCGUGACCGUCUAUGGGUCGACUGACACGCGAGCAGCGGUAACUACACAUGCAGCAGAUCCCACAUCUACUGUGGAUGCAAAUAUCGCUACCACGAGCUCCAAAGCAGGCCAAGGCAUACUUACUGUGAAUCCAGUUACGCCGUCUGGCUUUAUCACGAUCACCGAGACAGACACCGAGACAAAGACCAAGACCGUGACAGAUCGGAUUACUGAGACUGUUACUGCUACUGUCACUCGGAAUUAA